AUGUCCAUCACCCUUAAUCAUGUUUCCAAAGUUCCAGUGACAUUCCUAACUGCUCCUCAUACCGAAGUCAUGGAGAAAGGUGACAUCAUCUACUCCAAAGUCAUCCAGGAGAGUGUCCACAAGUUGGAAGCAUGCGUCGAGGAGAUGGUCAGUGGAGAUAUUAUUUCCACCGCGAACAUCCAGAAGGUGCAAGAUGUCAUUUUGAAGCUGUGGACCGUAGUAAGGUCCCAACCCGGCAUCAGCCAAGACCAGAAGAACCACAUCAAAGCACUCACAUUUAUCACUCUUCCUCCAGACAGGGCCCCAAACCAGCAUGCACAGGCAUUCACAGUCGUCACUCUUCCUCCUAAUUCCUGUCCACAGACAAGGACCCUCUUCUCCAUCUCAAAUGCAAGUCUCGCUCUCGACUGCAUACCUCUUUUCACUGCAGUGCCUGAGAAUGACCAUGAAAUUGAUGGUUUGGAUGACAAAUCUGAGCUUGCCCACCGCAUCAUGUUGGUGAGCAUCCUUGGUGCAGCCAAGAACAAGAAGACUCGUCACUUCAUUACCAGACCAAUCCAGGCCAUUCUUUCCCUGUCUGCUAAUCACGGUCUUUGGCAAGUUGGGGCGAGUAUUUGUGCUUGGCUAGUGUUGUUAUCAGACGGACCCAAUGCUCUUGAUUUCAAGGUCAUCAAUGGAGCGGAGGGUGAGCAGGAUCUCGAGAAACUCAGCGGCAUCAUCGAUCUGGAGAAGGUUGUUGUCUUCACCGGAUUCACUGAGGUUGGCCCUUGGGAUAGUUCAUGCACUCAUUGA